AUAGAUGGACUAAAUUGACCUUGUUUUGAGGCUUUUUAUGUUUAUGGUCCAUACAAUUUUGUAGAAUUAAUUAUGUCGUUGGUUUAAGCCAUUUCUCUCAACUGGAUCGAUGGUUUGAUUUGAAUCCACUUGGAGGUGAAAGCUAAUUCUUCUAGCUUUUCUUAGGGAUCGUCUUCUUCGAAGAAAAAAUCGGAAACCUGUGACCUUUGUGAUUGUGGCCAUCGACGAUCGCCAUCUUCCUUUCUGGUUCUUUCUGUGCUCUCAAGACCAUUGGGUCAAACCGUUAUCUCGGAGUCGUCUCUGUAGAACUGAUGGAGCCACCUGAAGAUGUGAAGGAUAAUUUCGCCAAAGAGCUUUAUGGAGAAAGUGUACAGCUUUCGAAACAUGGUAAUAAUGAUCAUGUUCUUGAGAAUUUAGAUGAUCCCUUUUACGGAAGUUCGGAUGAAGAUUAUAGUGAAACUCGCGUGUUGGACAAUGAGAAUAAGUUGAGACGUGUGAAAUUUGAAUCGGCUGGAUACCGUGAUGGGAUUGUUGCCGGGAAAGAAGCUAUUGCGCAGGAAGGUUAUAACUUUGGCUAUAAGGAAUCAGUUCUUGAUGGUUACAAGUUUGGUAUUGUUAGAGGUGUUUCCAGUGCGCUUGCUUUCCUCCCUGAUGAGCUUAGAGAAAAGCUAAUUGAUGAACAAGAAACUAGAGAGAAGUUUCAGAAAUUACACAGUUCUGUGCAUGCUCUCUCAACGGAAGUAGCAAUGAAGCGGUUCUAUGAAACUUUGACUACAAAGCAAGGGGAAGAGAAGAGUGGAGAAGAAGGGCCUGUCUCUGGUUCUGUUUCCGGUUCGGGUGUUAAUGCCACAUCGGACUUGGGAAGCUAUGUUACUGAGCUUAGCUUUCUUCUUGAAAAAUCUCCCAAGAUUGAAGUUAAAUUGGACACAUAGAGGAGUCUUGUUCUCUAAUGGUUAUUGCCAAACGCCAAGCAAAAGCAAGAUUAUUAUUUAUUAGUGUCUAGUUUCCAUUCCAAACAUUUGUAAGCGCGGUUCUGUUUUGGUUCAUUGUUGUUCAGUUUGGUUUGGUCUAGAAAUUAGUGCUUGCCUUGACAUGAAUUAUCUGUAAAUUCGACCCAAAUCUCACUUGUUAUACAAUUAUUAUUUGCUUAUAAGGAUUUCUUUUGGGAGUUGGGACUA